UUUGACAGACGCACUGGGUUGAGUAUUGCAUCGCUUACCACGUUAAUGUUAAAAUAAAUGUAUGUAACGAACAGUUUUUGUCUAUUUCUCCGGCAUGGAAUUACUUAACAUUGUAAUACAAGCCGACUGCGCUGUUGUAAUAAAUGUAUGGCGCUAUGAGUCUCCGUUUGGUCAGCUAUUUGCUAACAGCUGCUUAUUAUUCUAUUUCCACACUCUGACUCAUCUUCAAGUUGCACUAAAAGCGAGAACCAUGCUGCCAUUGCACGCAGAAGUUGCUCCGGACGACGGCUGGUCAUUGACUCACUCCUCUUCAAGAAGAAAACCAGUGGAUGAUGUCCUCUCAGAACUCACCCAUGUAUGGAGGUUUAGAAAAGUGGACAUUAAGCCAGACGUGUCAUUGGUUGUGGAGCCCUUAUCUCCUUUGGACCUGCGCACAGAUCUGAGGAUGCUGGGGCCAGGCUCGGACCCAUCGAUGUGGGAGAGGCAGCUGCAGCAGGAACUACUCCUCAUUCAGAAGCAGCAGCAGAUCCAGAAGCAGCUACUAAUCAGCGAGUUCCAGAAGCAGCAUGAGAAGUUGACCCGUCAGCAUCAGGCUCAGCUCCAGGAGCACCUCAAGCUCCAGCAGGAGCUCCAGGCCAUGAAACAGCAGCAGGAACUUGCAGAGAAGGAGCGUCGUCUGGAGCAGCAGCAGCAGCAGCAGCAGCAGAACCAGCAGGAGAAGGAGCAGGAGAGGCAUCGACGAGAGCAGCAUGUUUCCAGCCUCAGCCUCAGGGGCAAGGAGCGCUCCAGAGAGAGUGCAGUGGCCAGUACCGAGGUGAAGCAGAAACUCCAAGAGUUUCUGUUGAGCAAAUCAGCAAAGGACCCUGCCAGUAAUGGAGCCAAUCAUUCUUUCAUCCACCACCCGAAACUCUGGUACACGUCCUCCCACCACACAUCACUGGACCAAAGCUCUCCACCUCUGGGUGGCACAUCCCCCACCUGCCAGUAUACUCUGCCAUCACCCAUAGAGAGCAAGGACGACUUCCCCUUGAGGAAGACAGCCUCUGAGCCCAACCUGAAGGUACGAUCCCGACUGAAGCAGAAGGUAGCAGAGAGGAGGAGCAGUCCAAUGCUAAAGAGAAGAGAUGGAAACAUCAUGACUCCUUACAAGAAGAGGGCCCUGGAGCUAAUGGACUCUACACCAACUAACAGUGCCCCUGGCUCUGGCCCCAGCUCUCCCAUAGGGGCCUCCAGUGCCUUGGGGGCUGAAAAUGGACCCUCCUCUCUGCCUACUACCACAAAAACUGAGAGAUGGCCUUCACAGCCCAGACUGUUCCGACCCGAGGGCUCCGUGUCCAUGCUGAGCUUAUACACAUCUCCCUCCUUACCCAACAUCUCCUUGGGGCUUUCGACUGCAUCCUCACCCAUUAGUGCUGCCAUGGGGUUGAAAGACAGAUCAACAGAAAUCAAGCAUGGGCUGCCUGGGCAUCUCCUGGGUCCUGUGCCCCUUCAGACAGCCCUGGAGUCUAAGGUGAGCCCUAGUCACCAGGCUCUCCUCCAACACCUCCUCCAGAAGGAGCAGAUGAGGCAGCAGAAGAUCCUCUCCUCUGGCCAAAGCUCAAUGUCGUCCCACCCUCAGUCCCCUCUGGCCAUGAAGGAUCGCCCCUCCAGCAGUCGGCCUAAACUACCAAAACACCGGCCCUUGAACCGGACCCAGUCGGCUCCACUGCCUCAGAACACACUGGCCCAACUUGUAAUCCAGCAGCAACACCAGCACUUCCUGGAGAAACAGAAACAGUACCAGCAGCAGGUCCAUAUAAAUAAGCUGCUGUCCAAGUCCAUCGAGCAGUUACGUCAGCCCAGCGCACACCUGCAGGAGUCAGAGGAAGAACAGGAGGAACAGCAGCACGGAGAGCUGUUGGAGAGCAUGCAGGAGGAUAGGCUGCCCCCUGGAGGAGUCAUCCGGAAGCACACGCUCAGCAGUAGCAGCAGCAGCGGCUCAAGUGCCGAGCUCCCUGAUGCUCACUGCGGGGUCAUCAGGGUCAAAGAGGAGCCGAUUGAUAGCGAGGAUGAGGCUCUGACCAAUCAGAGCUUAGAGUCAGAGCAGAGCGCCUAUCUUCACCAGGUCAAAGGGAGGCUGGUGAUAAGAGCUAUGAUCUGAGAAGGGAAGAAGAUGAGAUCACACACUCACAACAUUCGCAGAUAAACAAGUCACUGCAAACGUGAAUCUACAUCCCUACAUACACACACACACACACACACACACACACAAACACAGCAGCCAUUGCACAGUAGGCCAGCUCUCCCUGUCAUGACAUAUGACCCCUUCUCACUCAGCUGCAGCCUCACUCAUCCCACACUCUAAGACUCUCUGUUUGUGAUCUUUGUGUAGUGAUCUCUGUAAAAUAUGUACGUUUCUCUUUUGUUUAUAUAAUACAACGAAAAUUUAGACCAUUCUUUUUAAGAGCUGCUUUGGUCGUCAAGUGACAAAAAAAGUUGUAUGUACAUAUAUUGUGCAUUUAGCAUUUAAAGAUGAUUUCUAGAGGGAAGGUCGAACAGGUGUACAGCUUUGAAGAGCCAAUUUAUGUUCCCAUUGUGUACAUUUUUGCCAUAAAAUAUCUGAAUGCGCUUCUACCCACUUCAGCGUUGAGAACUGUCAUCAAGUCCUGACAGUGUGUUAGAGAGUUUAAAACACUACAUACUCUGUUGUUCUAACAAAUCUGUGAUGAUGUUCCAUGUUAAGUGGUCUCAGAAUUGAAAUAAUGACCAUCUGUCUUAGAGGGAAUGUAUACUUAAAUCCUAACAGAGAACGCUCCCCCAGAGCAGAGUUUUGCUCUGGGAGUGAUAUUGCCAUUGGAAUAUGGUCCGCUGCUCAUAUUGCAAUUUUAAGGAUAAAGCACUAAAUCCCUGCUUGGGUGUGCAGGCAUCUCCCAACACAUCCCCAGCCUCUGUGACUCUCUCUCUCUCUCUCUCUCUCACUCUCUCUCUCUCUCUCUCUCUCUCUCUCUCUCUCUCUCUCUCUCCCUCCCUCCCUCCCCCCCUCUCCCUCUUUCACUCUCUCACUGAGCGGUCCCAGAGCCGGGGCUCUUGUGUUAAGCUGAGCUCUCCUCCCUCCCUCCCUCUGGGUCCAAAUCAAAGCUCGGGCCGGGUUCCUGCCCAGCUUUCAGCAGAAGAGUCAGACAGAGAGAAAAGAGAGAAAGAGAGAAAGAAAGAGAGAGAGAGAGAGAGAGAGAGAGAGAGGGCCGGGCAGGAAAUGCCUUCUAGAAGCCAGGAGUUGGAGUGAUUCAUGUGUGCAGGAAUGUUGAGAGAGGAGGACCUAGGGUUGGAGGAGUCCAAGGGGCCAGGCUUGAGAAUUGAUUUACUGUCAAGGCGAAUUACAAAGUGAGUGGGGAUAUGGUUAAGGGAGUCCUUUUUAAAGGGAAUCGCUUCCUUCAUAUUCCCCAGUGACAUGGUUACCUCAAUAUGCAGGUUUGAUGUUACUUCAAUAAAAAACCCUGGAUGGGACCUUGCUUCUUCUUCUUUUUUUUUUUUUCAAGCCUGUUUUCCCCUGAAAGUGCCCAUUGCGACAUGUAUAGUCUGUCUUAAAGUGAUCAAUCAAAUGUAUUGCAUAGCCGUAAACCUUCCUGUUUCAUUUGUACCGUCGACUAAAUGUAAAAAAAGAAAAAAGAAAAAAAUGCUAGUAUGAGGUCCUGUGUUUGGAUUCAUGUGAAAAUCAAAACUGUCUGUCUUAUACUGUACAUUCAGACUGUCCGGUUUUAAUGUUUUUAGUGUAAGUAAACACAAUCAGAACAAUGUGAGUCUUGUUCUCUUGCUCCUUUGAUUUGGUUGUAACGAGAACCCCUUUGCUGUCAGUGGGGUGGCGGGUGGAGGGUGGAGGGUGGGGGUACGGGUCCUGUGGUCUGUUCAUAGCAGUUUGCAGUUUUCUUCUCUUUUUUUGCCUUGUGUGAUAAACCUUUCUUUUUUAAAAUAAAGUUCAUUUACCUCUGA